AUGGAGACAAAAUAUAAAGCAGACCCCAAUUUGGUGGUCGAACCGAAGUAUUACAACAAUGGCGUGCCAGUAUUCGAACCCACCAUGGCCGAAUUCGAGGAUUUCUACAAAUUCAAUAAGGCCAUCAAUAAGUACGGCAUGCAGAGUGGUAUAGUCAAGAUCAUUCCUCCCGUGGAAUGGCUCAAUCUGCUUGAAGGCACAUACACAGAAGAAACACUCAGGAAAGUAUGCAUCAAGAACCCCAUUGUCCAGAACAUGAAUGUGACUGCGGGACGGAAGGGCGUGUACUCGUCUCAGAAUGUAGAAAAGCAACGUAAAUAUGAUAUUUUUCAGUGGAAGGAAUUGUCCGAGAAGGCCAAUCAUACACCGCCAUCACUGAAGGGAAGAAAAGAUGCGGAGAGGUCGAAUUCCGAGAAAAUGGAGUUGAGAGCCAAGGGCAGGACCCCUCACUCGGCUGCCGCCAAGCGUCUUCUUCUGGGCGACUUCAAUAUCGAUGUCUCUGAGUUCACUCUGGACCGGUGCCAGGUGUUGGAGAAUCUAUAUUGGAAGACCUUAGGAUACGCUGAACCCAUGUAUGGUGCAGAUAUGCUUGGAACAGUGUUUGGAGAUGCCUCGCGGCCCUGGAAUGUUGCACAUUUGCCUAAUUUGCUAGAUCUCAUGGAGGAGAAGCUUCCGGGUGUGAACGAUGCUUACCUCUAUGCUGGGUUGUGGAAGGCAUCGUUCUCGUGGCAUCUCGAGGACCAAGAUCUUUAUUCCAUCAAUUAUUUGCAUUUUGGCGCUCCGAAACAGUGGUACUCUAUUCCCCAAGCGCAGGCGGGCCGUUUCUUCGACCUCAUGAAAGAGAUUUUCCAUGAACAUUACAAGAGCUGUCCUGAAUUCCUACGUCACAAGACAUUCAUUGCCUCACCUCAAUUCUUAGAAAAAAACGGAAUUCAGUGCAAUAGUGUGGUUCACAAUCAGGGAGAAUUCAUCAUCACAUAUCCGUACGGGUAUCAUGCGGGAUUCAAUUAUGGCUUCAACCUCGCCGAGUCUGUAAAUUUUGCGCUUGAUGACUGGCUAGAUAUUGCUAAGGGCGCUAAAAAAUGUGAGUGCAUAGGUGAUGCUGUGGCCAUCAAUCAUCGCCAGAUUUACUGCAAGUAUAAGGGCAUACCUUACACGCCAGAAGAAUCAGUCGCUAUUCAAAGUACGCAUCCUAUUGAUGACUCGGAUAGCGGUUCUACGCCUGAAAUUGUCGAAUCUCAGAGCCGGCCUGGAAGAAAGAGACAAAGAAUUGUGCAAAAACCAAUUACUCGUCAAUGCAUUUUGUGUCCCAAUGUACUUCCUGAAUCCAUGACCAAGUACAAACAGUUUGAGCUCUUAGACACUGACCAUGAUUCAAAGACUCUGCAAGUCCACCGGAUCUGUGCGUUAUCCCAACAUCCUCAACCCAAGGUUGUUUGCAAAAAUGGCAAGGAUACGAUUCAAGGACUUGAUAAGGCAAUUAAAUCAAGUAAGAGCUCAAAGUGUACAUUUUGCCACGUCCAACACUCCAUUUUGCCAGCCAGUUAUCUGGCAGGCGCCAGCGUUGCAUGUUCGAUGCCAAAAUGUCGUCGCAAUUACCAUGCAACUUGCGCAAUAUCUGCGGGAUAUACUUUCGAUGAGAACUUCUGCAAGACACACCGUGCUAAAGAGUAUCAUUUCUUGGAUCCUGCUCUGUCAAAACUCGCCGACAAGUGUCUGCAAAUAAAGCCUGAUUCAUUCGUUCAAUUCGCCGCGAGAGGUCCAGGAAAGAGAUAUGUCGGAGACAUCCAUUGCGGAGUUGUGACUGAAAACAACAUCGACGAGCACACCUUUUCUGUCUGUUUAUACCCUUCUAUGGAAGAACAUAUGGAGAUUCAUUAUAGCGACAUAUUGAUGACAGAUGUCGCUCAUUUGGACAAUUCACGUUUCAUUUCCAUGGAAACGCAAACAGUUAGCCUGCCUCAGCUGCCAAUAGCUCACGAAUCCUCACCUUGCGGCGUGAAGAGUGAGGAACCGCCUCAUAUCUCUUUCAUUCCUACCGAUUCGGUCCUUCAGUCGCACUCCACAAGCUUGGUGCCUACCUCCUCCAUGAACUCCGACAAUCAAACCUCUGAGUCGUUCCAAGCUAAUGCUACCAGAUUCAACAGCAUACCCAACGGUCUUACUGCCACUAACAAUAACCCAGCCGGUGUCCCCGCUGGUGUGUCUUAUCCCUUGCAGGGAACUUUUUCUGGUUUUGUUCCUGUUCCUUCCCAAGACAAUAUAACAAUUGGGCGGCCCUUGCUUUAUUCGCCAAAUUACUCUGGAGAGUACUUGCCUCCCAAUGUGCCAGGUAUUCCUCUGAAUGAUCCGGCAAAUUUGUCUGCAAGGAUUCCGACCCAAAUUUCACCUCUAGACGCAAUGCCGAUGAUGUCUCAAUUGAGUGGUCCUCAAUAUGGUUGCAGUCCUGUCUUCAUCACUCCUACCACGAGCUUCAAUUUUGAAAUGCAGCAAUGCCGUUCGAACAGAGACUCAAACAAUUUCGUUUUCGUGAAUGAGUACUCUGAGGUUCAGACCCAAAGCUUCAAUCCGGAGAACUACCAGUUUGUCGAUGCUAACUACCGAAACUAG